AUGACUUCUGUUUCGAGUUUCUUUUCACGAGACGCGAUGCUGAAACGGCAGGCGCGUAUUACCCGUGCGCGGAAGGUUGAACGACAACCCACUUUGAACAUCAUCCCAGAGGAGGAUGAACUCAGAACGUCUUCAAGUUCGAGGUCUCCAUCGCCAGUGCCACUCUCGAGCAUUCCGAGUGGCAAGCAGUUGUCUGGUCUCAAGGCCAGACGAAGAUACGCGAACAUCUCUGACAUUCGAGUCACUCACGAUGCCACUUUUCGCGACGACAACGACCUUUCACCAAUUGACGACACCCUCCUAACUGCACCACGCCCUGCCCCACGACCUCCUAUGACACCCUCGAGCCCGCAAUCAUCGCCAGACUCCUUCCAUUUGACCUUCACCGAGAAAUCAUUCACAUUCCCCCAUCCUCCUGAACCGACCUUUUCGCCGCUCGACCGGUCGGAAUGUUACUCACCAACUCCUUCAAUUUCCUCGCUUUCUUCAAGCCCAUGUUCUCCUAGUGGCGCCAUGCCACUGACGCCUUCUACAUCCGACGACGAGUCAAUCCCUUCUCGUACUUUCCACCAUCGUGCCACCAUCCGACCACUUGUCAUUCACAAACAUCACCCUCGUCCAGUUUCUCCUUCUGGAGAGAUUUCUCUAUCGCCUUCUCUCCUCCAGCCCUUCAAAGAUGUCUCAGAAGUGAACAUGUACGCGACGCUGUCACCUUCAUUCCUGGAAUCCGAAUCGUCCGAAUCCGACCCAGAGUCAGACUCAGAAUGGUACACGAGGGAGUUCUCUAAGAUCAUCUCUCUUCGCUCUCCUCUUCCUCCAUCUUUCCCGCUUCAGCAACCCUGUCGCCCGGAUUCGAUGUCCAUCACCUCCGACGUUAUCGUCCCCACCACGACCGUCAAUAAACGACGUGUUUCGAAGACUUUCCAACCCUCUGUCGAGGCCGCUCCUCGUAAGAGAAAUAGCAAGACUCGUAGCAUCCCAAAAUAUCCCCCUCCUCCUGUUCCUCCUAUCCCAGCCCACCUUCGCUCGUCUGUUCCCCCGCCGUCGUCACCCGCACCGGCUGUCCCACAAAAUGUUCAGCGUCCACCUCCACGCUCGAGUAUCCCCGCUGACUGCGUCAUCGACCUCUACCUAGACGAAGACGAAGUCAGCAAUGAUUCAUCUUCGGCGUUCUCGUUCACAAUGUACGAGAUCGACCUCGGCGAACGCGAGCUUGGACGCGACAGUCCUGCGAGUGCCUACUCUCAGCCCUCGUUCGAGGAACAGGGACAAGAGGUCUCUAUGGACAACGUGAAGUUUGAGCUUGAUUACCCUUUGAUGCUUCCACUGUCGUUGCCUGGCACUCCCCUCGAUCUCGAAGCAGACAUCGCACGGGGCUUGGAAAGACUCCACAACGCCGAAGACGAGGCGAUUUUCGAACAGGCGGAAUUUGUUAUCGAGGAAGAGGCAGUCCAGGAAGAGAUAGUACAGCAACAGGCUUCCGUCGUCGAUGCCGUUCCCGAGCGCCAGCAAGUUGUCGACGACGUCUUUUCCCCCAUCUCCUCCGAUUUCUCCUUCUCACCAUCGCCGUCUGCCACCUCACAACACUCCUACAGUCGCUCCAGCCCCUACUGCGAGGACGAACGGGUGCUCAAGUCGAAAUGGAGCACCUCUACGCUGGGCUCGAUCCGCGAGGAGCACGAGCGUCGGGGCACCUCGAAGCUACGGCUCUACUUCGGCGGCAACUCACCCAAGCGGGCCUCGUCGUCAUCGAAGAAGGCACCCGCGACGCCGUCGACGCCCUUUGGCCUCAUCUCACCUCGCAAGGCAAGCCGCGGCCAGCCCUCGCCUCCUCCGGCUCCUGCGGUGCGAGGACACAAGUACGGGCACUCCGGGGCAGCUCGACGAACUCGAACUCGGACGUGA